AUGAGACGCAACAGCUGCGGGCCGGUCGUCGUUUUGGGGACGGCCUUUUUUCUCGCGUUUCUUGGUGUGGUCUGCAAUGUCCGAGCCGUUCCUUACGGUGGAGCGGGCGUCGAGGUGAACGAGCAGAACGAAUCCAUCUCCUUGACUGCCUGCUACGUCGAGGACCUACGCAACAUCCGCGAGCACCACCAGAACCCGCUGGCCAUCAGCAUCGAGCAUUGCUAUCUGCAGGAGCUGCCCAACGCGAUCUUUGUCCGCUUCAACGAUCUGCGCUCGCUCGACGUGUGCGACAGUCGGGUCAACAACCUGCAGGACUUUGCGCUGAACGGUUUGCGGAGCCUCGAAACGUUGAACCUUUCGCGCAACAAUCUGACGACGGUGAAGUCGUGGAGCGAUUACGACCUCGAGACGCUGCUGGUGCUCGACCUGCGCCGCAAUCUAAUCCGUGCGAUCGACGAGGGGUCCUUCCGGCGCUAUCCGGCACUCGUGAAGCUGAAUCUGGCCGUCAACUACAUCGACAAAGUGCCCGAAGGAACAUUCAAACCGGUCGCAGGACUAAAGAAUUUGAAUCUGGGCAAGAACUUGCUGACCGCGGUCGACAACCGCAUGCUAAGAGGGCUCACAAAACUGACCCAUCUGGCCCUGCACCAUAACCGUAUUCGCACGAUACAUCUCGACGCAUUCGAAAGCAAUGGGCACCUGAGGUCGAUACAGCUGCAGGGUAAUUUGUUGGCAGUUUUUGAACCCGAACUGCUGACAAACUUACCGCGACUCACGUUUCUGAACGUGAGCAGCAACGAGCUCGCGGCCGUUGGUAACCUGAGCUUCAAGUCCAACGGAGAUUUGCGGGUUCUGGACCUGAGCUACAACCGCAUCGAACAGCUGGAGGACAAUAGCUUCAAGGGGCUCUACGAUCUGGAGGUACUGAACGCAAGCAACAACCACAUUCAGAGUGUCAGCAAAUAUGUGCUGAAAGACUUUACUAAUCUUCACGAGCUCAACCUGGCCGACAACAAGCUGGACUACGUCGGCCUGAAGCUGUUUGCCUUCACCCCUCGGCUUGCCCGACUUAAUCUCACGCGCAAUGCCAUCAGCGAAAUCGAGCGCGAUGUGUUCGAGGAUCUCCCGAAGCUACACUCUCUGGAUCUGGCCUACAAUCAGCUGACCGACGACAGUUUUCUUUGGCCACUGAUAAAUCUAAGCGUGCUGAAUAUGAGUCACAAUGGAUUCCGGCGCGUUAACGCUUCGCUUCUGGAGAGCCUUAGCCACGUUGAACUCUACGGCAACCCGUGGGACUGUCGCUUUCUGGUGCAGGAACUGAUACACCACAGCCGGAAUGUUGUGUACGGCAAGAACUACGUGGUGGAGAAUCCGGCCAACAUCAUCACGGCGACCGGCAUCGAGUGUACCGAUGAGCGGGGCAAGCAACGGGACAUCGUCGUCGUUGAGCCACAAGCGAGGCCUACGGACAAUGAUGCGGAGUUCCACCGGUACCGGUUUUUCCACGAUGGACACGUAGACACACGCCCCAUCCAGGAUGAUUUCGACGCCAAAUCAACCAUCAUCUGGCUCAUGUCAGGCGCGAUCGCCGUGUUUGGGGCGUUCAAGUUGAUCCAACUUCUGCUGCGGCACUCGGAACAUCAGAGCGAAAAAUGGCGCCUAGCGCAACAUGUAAGUAGUCACGAAGAUCACGAAGCCGCCCGGCAGCACUACGCUACUGGCACUCUGUCCAGGACUGGCCACCCCGCUUUCACUGGUCUGUCGCCCGUUUCGCCUGGUGGCUUCCAUUUCUUUCUGCCCGUUCCUCGUGCGGCUUGCGAGCGUCAGUAUACGCCGACGAUUUAA